AUGGCUUUCUUCGGGCUGACUAAUCUCGGGUAUCAGGCUCCUCUGCAGGCCGCUCGAAUUCAGGAGGAGUCGGGAACAAGUGGAAAGACUACAACAAAAUUUUCUGCCCUUGCUCCUCAGUGUUCGUAUGUCAGUUAUGGGAAAUAUCAGGAGAUGGUUAGACGUCACCAAGACCUGAGGACUCCUAAACAAACUCAGAAAAUCCCACUGACUACAGCCCAGCAGUAUGGAUGGUGGCUGCCACAGGACCCCAAGGCAAAACCAGAAAGCGCCCAUCCUUGGAUUCAAAGCACACGAUACCCCAUGGUCAAUAGCCCAAUGACCAGGUUUGUGGAUCAAAUGGCGGUGACUGACAAACAAUUCCGUUUAUUUUAA